AAUUUUAAUUUUUGAUAUUUUUUGUUUUCAAUCAAAGUGAUAUUUCAAGUAAACUACUGAUUUUUUUCAGUUUAUACUCGACCAAGGAGCCGUCUUAGUUUUGCAGAGUUAAAAUCUUUUGCUGAUAGAUAAACAGACUUCUGAAAACCAUGGCUGCAGCAACAACAGCUACAACAGUCGGUCCAGGUGGCCUGAUCAAGACUCCGAUAGGCUACCUGCAGGAAGUCUGCUCCAAAAGGGGUGUUACACCCCAAUAUGAUCUCAUUGCUACGGAAGGACACGUCCACGAGCCAACAUUCGUCUUUCGAUGUCAAGCGGGGGAGUUCAUGGCAACUGGGAAAGGACCUAACAAAAAGACAGCUCGCCAUGAAGCAGCCCAGGGAGUCCUGCAGCAGAUGCUUUCUUCUGGCGUGCAGGGAAUUACAACUGAGGGCAUCGAGAAACCAGCUCCAAUACCAGCCAUACCAACUCUCCAUGAUGAUGGAAUUAUAGGCAAUCCCGUGGGACAGCUACAAGAGCUGACUCAGAAGAAAAAAUGGUCACCACCGAUGUACGAGUUUGCUCAAGAACAGGGAGCGGGACAUCCAAGAGAAUUUGUAUGCGUCGUGAGGCUGGGAAAGAAAUUCAAAGAAGCAGGAGGCGGGAAAUCGAAAAAAGCUGCGAAACGUAAGGCGGCCUAUCAGAUGCUGCAGCGAAUUAACCAAGGUGCUAACAUCAGUCGGGAAGACAUGGAACCUGAUGAUUUUGAUGAAGAUGCGUUAUCACUGGCAGUGGAUGGAAAAACAAGCGGGUACAACAAGGAAGGGAAGAAAACUACUACGUUCAAAGUCCAGGGACAAUUGAAUAUGAGAAUCAAAGUGCCCAGUGGAAAGCAGUUGCAUUUAGUGAAAAAUCUCUCAUUCAAAUCUGACGAUGCAGACUAUUUAUCGAUUGUGAAAAGUUUAGGGGAGGAGCAAAAGUUUGAGACAACUUUUCUGGAAAUGCCGCAAACUGAAGAGAGCCCAGGCUGCCACAUGUGUCUAAUCCAGCUGACAACAAGCCCAGCGACCGUCUGCCAGGGACAAGGUGACACGAUCGAAGAGGCUCACAACCAUGCUGCCAAGAAAGCGCUCAAGUACCUCAAGAUCAUGUUGAAAAAGUGACGUCGUUCGUGUUUACAACUAACAGGAUCGGACACCGGUGUGCUUUUAAAAUGGCUGAUUGAGAUCAUGGACAUGUAUUCAACAUUUUAUCUCAUGUGUUUUUCCACAUCGAAAGAAAAUAUGUCUGUGUGAGCUUUGAAUGUCCAAUGUGCUGUAAAUCGUCAAUUUUAGCGACUCUUAAUUUUUUUGCAAAGUGCAAAAAUAGAAAAGGGUGCAAGUUUCUUGUACUUUAAAGUUUAUUGCUCGUGGUGAGCUUAUAGUGCGGGUAUGCGUAGUUGUUCUGUUUGGCUGUUCAAGCUCGUAAUUUGCCAAAAUCCUGUUCAAAAAGGUGCAAGUUGAUUGGAACUACUUUCAGGGUCAGUCACAGAGGUGAAAUAACCUUAAUUGGCCGUAAUAGCUCCAUAAUUAUUGAUGCUAGGCUCUUCAUCUUUGGCUGGUAUGAAAGUCUUAUAGUGCCAUUGUGUCUUUUGGCGCAUUCAAUGACUUUUGAUGUGUUUUAUUUUGUCAGCGUGCGGAUAUCCUAAUGUUUGGCCACCAAAUGUGGUACGUCUAGUCUAAAAUUGCUGCCAGCAAGAAAAAAAUGUUUCAUACCUUGUCAGGUGGUAAAAGGACAUUCACUGAACUUCACAAGGAAAUUUGUUUUCAUUUGUGUAAAAGUUUUAUUGAAACUUCGCCGCUGAGAUUUUUAGUGUGACCACUACAAGUGGUCGAUGUUGACAAUAUCACUAGAAAAAGUUUUUUUUUAAAUAUGUAUUUGUUCAAUGUGGUUAUAAAAAGUCCAAAUCUAUUCAAAUGUCUGCUCUAAUUACCUGUACUAAUAGAUGUCACGCUGCUGUUGUACAAUUGAACUUAAAGGCAUACGCUCUCUGUGUACACUAUAGAUGUGCUGUGCCACAGGUGUAUAGAAAUAACCAGACAUGUCAGUCAAUGUGAUGAAAGUUGUGUAUAUCUAUAGUCGUACUUCCACCUAUCAAAUCCCUGUGUCUUUUGCGCUUACACCUAUGAAUUGCCGUGUCUAAAUAGACCCGUGUGUCAAAUCCCCGGGUCUAUUAGCCCCAUCGAGCUCGAUGGGGCUCAUUGGGGGCUAAUUUAGACCC